UCAGGAGCCCCCUCUUUUCGCGCGACCUGAAGCGUGCACGCGAGAUGAUGGACGGGCGGGCUCCCCCGUACCACGGCCCUGGCUCCGGACGGAUCGACGACGACGUGCAGCUUGGGUACUGGAUGGCGCAGCUGCCGCACCUGCGCGUGGUUGGCUUCCGGCGGUACAUGGCGUGGCACGACCGCUGGAAGGCGGGCGUGACCGGCUACCUGCCAAGGCUGCUGCAGGCGCACAAGGUGCCGUGGGACAAGCAACGCACCCUCUGCAACCAGACCCGCGCGGUGUGGUCGAAAGCGCGCCGCGCCUCCGUCUCGCUGCACUGCGACAGCAGCCCGCCCUGCCGGGACUGCGCACACGUGCCCACUCAGAAGGCGUGCGCGAUCGACGUCGCGCUGGACCUCGGGCCGAGCUGGAGACCGCCGCCCACGUGCGCGCCCGUCUGCAACUUCAAAAAGGGGUCCGAGCCGCAGCUGCCCGGGCAGUGCUGGGCCCCGUGA